UAUUGGGAUUAUAGGAUAUAGGGAUAGGAUGUCAUGUAAUUGAAUGGUUGGGUUGGGUUUGGUUUGGUUUGGUUUGUGUAAUAUUUAUGUUAUAUAAUGACAAUUGUUUGACAGUUAAUGUGUUUGAGUAUACAAUACGUCGACUCAGUUGAGUGUAAGUGAUAUCCGGUUCCCAACACUAAUGGCUGACAAACAAUGAAUCAUUCAAUUGAUAUACCAUUUGACACAUCACUGCACUGUUGACCACAAGUGCACCUAAUUUGUUGUCAAUCCAGUGAUUGUCAUCCAAAUCAAGUGCUCUAUCAUUUGGUGGUCAAUCACCGUAAGUGUCAUUGAUGUCUGGCCCACAACAUCCCAGUGCUAGUGAGUCGAGUGCGGACAGCGACCAGGACUUCGACCCGACGGCCGAUAUGUUAGUCAAUGACUUCGAUGACGAGCACACACUCGAUGAAGAAGAAGCUAUUAAUGAUGAUAUGAAUGGUGACGAAGAGAUAGACGACUUACAAAAGGAGGGCGAAAUGCCUUUAGAAGAGCUUUUGGCAAUGUAUGGCUAUACAGACAAAGUGGCCUCAAGUAGUGAUAAAAGUAUAGAGAGAGCUGAGGCCACAUCUACUACACCGUCGGGUGAAUCCAUUUCCCAAUUGACGUGUGAACCCAAUAGUAAUUCAACUACUAGUCAAUUGAUCGUCGCUUCUCAUGUCUCGCACUUACGUUCCUCUCAAACCUUCACUCACAUCAAUAACCAAAAUAUGGUCAGCGACUCAUCUGAUGAUGAAUCUGAUGAAGAUUUUUCUGCCAAUGAGGAGGAUUGGAGGCGUACUAUUCAAGUGGGCUCCGACUAUCAGGCCUCCAUACCAGAAGGUUUGUCUCGAUAUGACGGCGCACCUGCAUAUGAAAAUGAAGACAGACUGCUAUGGAAUCCGUCAUUUUUAACCGACAAAGACAUUGAAGAAUAUUUGAUAAAGUUUUCUCAAACUGAUGAAAAUGGUGAAGAAGUUGUCUCAUCAACAUUAUUGCCCACCGGAUCUCAUAUUAGAGACGAUGAACAGGCUCUCUUUCUCUUACAUCAGUGCGGCCACAAUGUUGAUGAAGCCAUACGACGAAAGAAAACCCAACAUAAUCUUCCUAUCGUUAAUGAAUCCAUGAGCUCGUGGUCUGAGGAAGAAUGUAAGGCAUUUGAGGUUGGAUUAAGAAGUUAUGGCAAAGACUUUCAUUUAGUUCAGCAAAAUAAAGUUAGAACAAGAUCUGUAGGAGAAUUGGUUCAGUUUUACUAUUUAUGGAAAAAGACUGAAAGACAUGAUUUAUUUGCCACUAAAUUUCGAUUAGAAAAGAAAAAGUAUUCAUUACAUCCGGGAACGACUGAUUAUAUGGAUCGCUUUCUCGACGAACAAGAAAAUAUGGCGCUCACUAAUAUGUCCUCAUCGUCUUCAUCACUAAAUAACAUCCAGUCUUCAAACAAACAGUUACAUCAAUCUUAUCGAUCAUCGCCAUCGACACAAAAUCUAAGUCCACACAAAUCGGAUCACAUAUUAAUGGACGAUUUGUCGACACAAUAUCCAAAUAUAAACAGUUUAUGUGACUCCGGAAGCAAUAACUCCAGCCAUUUAAGUGGUGCUACUAUUGGCUCAUAUGUCAACGGAUAUUACAAAAAGAGUGAAAGUAGUAGUGAUAGUGUCUUAAGUAGUGUCAGCAGUGGCGGUAUAAGCGCUGCAAAAGUGGUUUGUCAUUCAGUGAAUUCACACCAUCCGACACAUAACAGCCAUAACCCGCAUUUGACGAGUGAUUGGGUCGCACAACAACAGCAACACUCAGUCACAACAGCCUCACAUACCAUAACAACAACCAGUGCUCAAACAAUUGGUUCUGAUGUUAGUUCAGAUUUCAUCAGACGACAGCCUAUUUCAUCGACAUCUUCACUAAUUAAUGACUCUAACGUUAACUCAAAUACCAAUACUAACAUUUAAAACAUAUUUUAUAAUUAUUGAAAUCAAUCCAUCGAUCAUCACUCGACACAUCUUUUUUGUCUAAAUUUUUUGUUUUAUAGUUUUUAUAUUUAAUGAUAAUAGCAAAUAAAUAUUUAACGUAAUUAUAAGAUUAUGAUAUACGCUAUUACUUAU